AGCGGUGCAACCAAAAUCGUGCGACUAAAAAAAAACUUAAAAAGACAAAACUACCCUAAAUAUAUUUACAGAAUCACAAUACAUUGCCAUUAACCCUAAGACAAAUUCAAGCCAAAAAGAAAAAAAAUCACAAAAAACUUCUCUCUCUCCCCGAUCUAUUUCCUGGCCACACAUACACGUCUCUGCUCAAGCUCUCUCUCUCUCCGAUCUAUUUCCGGCGGCUACAGGGAACUUCUCUGCUCAAGGUCCUCUCUCUCUCUCUGUCUCUCUCUCUCUCUCUCUCUCUGUCUCUCUGUCUCUCUCGCUCUGUCUCUCUCUCUGUCUCUCUCUCUCUGAUCUAUUUCCGGCGGCUACAGGGAACUUCUCUGCUCAAGGUCCUCUCUCUGUCUCUCUCUCUCUCUCUCUCUCUCUCUCUCUCUCUCUCUCUCUCUCUCUCUCUCUCUGUCUCUCUCUCUCUGUGUUUUGUGUUAUGCUAAUAGAACCUUUAGAUUAAUUAAGUUGGCUGUUGGGUUUUUUGAUUCUUGAUAUGGGUUUGAGUUGGCUGUUGGGAUUUUGAUUAUCAAAUCUCUGUUUUUAAUCAGAUUAUCAGACAUGCGUUUGAGUUCCUGUGAAUGUUUUCAGACAUGGGUUUGAGUUCUUUUUGGUCUGUGAAAAGUGUUCUUGCAUUUGCUUUAAGUCUUUUAUAGUUUGGUCUGAAUAAAGCUUGGUUAAGUAACAUAUUUAUACGUUUGAUGCAUAGAUGAUAAGAAGACUAAGAAAAUGAUAUAUUACUACAAGACUCUUGUUAGUUCGUAUGCUUAUGAAAUAUUCCUUCCAUAUUAUAACAAUGAUUAUAGCUAGGUAGUUUAAAUUGGUUGUCACAUAUCAUGCACGCACCUUGGUUACAAUAAUCAAGUCGAUAUGAUUAGUAGAAAAGCAUAUGUCAAGUUCAAGAAGCUUACCCACAAUAGAACCGGGCUUGUCUAUGAUGCUUUGGGAAGGUUGGAGAUGUCUGAUGCUUGGUGGGAUCAACGCAUUGCGGAAUGGCAAGGUGCAAGAAAGUAUAAGACCAAAGUGCCUCCAAACAUGGAUGUGUUUGAAGCAGAGUUUGGUGCUGUUACUGUAACUGGAGCAGAAGGAUGGUGUGCUCAGCAAGGAGAAACUAGCUUACAUUCUAGAGUAGAUGCAGAAAAGGAUGACGAGUCUGAUUCAGUUGACACUGAGAUGCCAGCACCAAGAGAAGGACAAGUAGAGCUGGAGGUUCAAAAAGAAAGCGUAAGGAAUUUGAUCAAGAGCCUUAUGUUCUAAGGAAUGCAAUUCUGGCUGAAAAAAAUAAGAUAGCAGAAAAGAUGGUAGAGAUAAUGGCAGAGGAUCGUGUGGUGUUGCAGCAGGAUCGCAAAUUCCGUGUGCACUCUGUGUUGGAGAUACUUAAUGAGCUGCCUGGAAUUAUCAAGUGGUCACCAUUUCACAUUGCUGCAGUUAACCAUCUCAAAGCUGUUGAAGAAAACAUAAUGGCUUUUAUGUCUUUCUCUAGUGAUGAUGAUAAGAUUAGCUAUCUUGAGAAUAUGAUUGGAGUUAAGAUAUAUGAAAGAUUGUAGUGUCUGUUUCAGUAUGACUGUUUUAAUAUGACUCAGAUUGUAGUGUUUCUUUUAAGUAUGACUUUUGUUUCAUUUCUUUUGUUAUGACUCAGAUUGUAGUAUUUUAAUGUGAUAGGAAGUUAAGAACCA